AUGUCACUAUUAGAUCCAAAUGAAGCGCUAAAGAUUUUUUUACUCGAAAAUCAUGAAAUAAUCAGGAGUUGGUACAAUAAUACGAAUAUAAAAAGCCUGGAUUAUCUAAAAAUCCCAGAGUUCAGCCUAAAAAAUUACUCACUCCCUCCUCCGUAAGCGAAUAAAAAUUUCUUACAGAGGGGUUGUAUUUUUAAUUAUAUAGUAAAAUUUUUUCAAAUUUAAAAUAAUCCCAAUUCAAAUAAACAUAAAUAGUUAGAGAUUUCAUUAUAUCACUUAUAUAUCAAUUUUAUUUCAUAGAGAAUUUUUAUUCUCUCAGAGGGUGAGCUUUGCUGCAAAAAUAAGAAUUUUUUCUAAUAGUUUUGUUCGCAUACAGAGGGAGUCAGAAGAAAAUAUUCGAUCGAUGAUUGAAAAUAAUGAUGCUACUAGCAUCUCAGAAUAUUUUAGGGUGAUAAACUGUUUAGCUUACAAUAGGAAGGACAAGAUAAAAUUCAAACAUUUGGAGGAACUUCUAAAGUCUGGAUAUGAACUGUCAAUUCUGUCUCUGCUUAUAAAAUCUCCAAUCGACAAUCUCGAAGAAAGGUUUGCGAAUCAAGUUUUUGGGCUUUUAGAAUCAAACGAAAUUUAUGACUGGAUGACAAGGUCUGAUUCAGAUGUAAGUGAAAGCCUAAAAGUAAAAGAAAAAAUCGUAAGUUUUGCAACUUAUUUCUCUUUUGUUUUAAAAUUUUCGCAAGAAAGAUUGAAAUUCAUCAGAGAGUUAGGCCCAUGAAAUUUGAUCAAAACAUCAGAAUUUUUGAUGAACUUUGCAAACGAUAGAAAUGAGUGUGCGGAUGAGUUUUUUUCCUUUAGUUGUGAGGCCCUAAAAUUCUUUAAAAUAGAGUUCAAUUUUCUGCGAGAGCUAAUAUUGAAUAACCUGAUUGACAAUAUUUGCUCAUGGCACACAUUUUCGAAUGUUUUAAGUUUAGCCAAUCAUAUCAAAUUUGAGCAAAGCACUAUCGAAAAACUGUGCCAAAUAAUUCAUGACUAUUUUUAUUGGAAUUUUUAUCCUUUGCUCGACUUUUUUACAUCAAGAGAAGAAGUCCUAAAAAUAUCUUAUAAUUAUCUAAAUUCAAAUUAUUUGGCCAAUAUGAAUGAUAAAGCAAGUAUUGGCAUGAUGAAUAAAAUUUUAGAAGUAUUGUUCAUUUAUACUUCAAAUAUUGCUAAAACAUCAGCAAGUACACUUUUUGAAGAUAUAAAACUAGAUGAAUUCAUCAAAGUAGAAGGGGUUAUAGAUCAACUUAUACUGCCUAUUGAAAAUAUAAUUAACGCGCAGUUAACAAGAUCAGACCGUUGAUAUAACUUGCUAGACACUUUUUUCGAAACUCUUCCGAGUGUAAAAGACAAGAGUUUAGAGCGGGCUAAGAGUCAUGUACAAAUGCUAGCUUUAUACUUAUACUUAGAUCGAAAUAGAAUACAAGAAUGAAAAAUUAAAAAGAUACAGCAAUAUUUACAGUCAUUUACUUCUCAGUUUGAAGAGAUAAAUAAUUGGACAAAAAUUGAAAUUUUAGACUUUUUCAAAGCUACUUUUUCAUAUUUGCCUACUAUUCAAAGUGAUUUUAACGAUUAUUUAAAUAGACAUCUUAUCCCUAGAUGGAGUAAUUUGAAGAAAUCUAUAAAUGAAGAAGUUAAUCUGGACCCUGACAAUGAAAAUUUACUAGAAAAGAGCGAAUUAAUAGCAGCUGCUAAUACAUUGGCUGUAAAAAUCAAGAAAUUACAAAUUAAUAGAAAAGAUCAAUUUAAUUAUCUUGCUGUUAACGAAUUUGAAGAUUUUAUAGGCACAUAUAAUUCUAUAAUAAGGGGUAAAGAUGUUGAAAUGUUGAUUUCAUUUUAUGGAGAUAUCAUAAAAUACCUCGAAGAUUUUAACUUCAAUAAAAUUAGUUAUGAGGACAGCAAAAACAGAGUAACAAUUGCUAAAUAUUUUAUAUGCUUAAUCAAAAACUCCUUGACUGAAUUUUUUAAAGAGAAUGCAAAUAAAUUAAAAAAGAAGCUGCAAGAGUUAGAAGAUAAAGUAAUAAAUAUCAUUGAACUUGAAACUAUGGAAGAGAUAAAAGAUACUUCUAUGAAAAUUAUUUCCCUAGAAAGCGAAGAAGAAAAUUUAAACUGGUUCAUAGAAGGAGCUUUGACAGGGGAUCAGCGAAUUAUUGGUGAUUCGUCUUGGAAUAUUUGUUUUACAAGGAGAGAAGAUCAAGCAAACAAGUUAGAAGAAUUUAGGAAUUCAUUGCUUCACAAAAUGGUAUUUAGCGAUGAUACUGAACACUUUAUUUUAAAGCAAUAUCUAGCAUCUCAUCUGACAAGACUUUUUAGCGGAACUUUAAAUAAAGAAAAUGCAGAUUUUUUUACUGAAUGCGAACAGAGAGCUAUUAAAUUGCAUUUUAGAAGCCCAGAAAAAUUGAAUAAGACUCAAAAAGAAGAACUUACAACAAUUUUAUUUUCUACGCCUGCUAGAGGAGCCUUUUUAAAUGAGAAUAUUUGGAAUGAAAACAUUGGAAAUUUAGCUGAAACAACAUAUUUUGCGAACAUCCCAGAUAAUCUUACUCCCAGUAAUUGCUUAUUCGUGGGAUAUUUUGGCACAAAAUUUUCAAAUAAUAAAUUUUAUAUGAAUAGAUCGAUUAUUGGAAAUCAUCCAAAAUAACCAGAUAAAUUACUAUUUUUUUUUAAAAAAUCAGCAAGAAUUUGUUUAUAAGAAUGGGAAGUUAGUGGAAUGACAGUGUUUGGUGGAACUAUUUUACUACAUCCAAGCUUGUCUCAGAAUGAUGAUUUAAAGUCUUGUGCCAGAAAAAUAACAUUUAUUCACGAAGCAGCGCAUGCAAUGAAAAAAUAUAAUGAGGGAUCUUAUAACCCAAAAAAAAAAACUCUAAAAUCAAGAAAAACGCCACUUCUUAGUGGAAUGCCUGGAAACAGAGAAUUUCUUGCUGAGCUUAAAUAUCCUAUCAAAAAUGAAGGUGAGAAAUUAAUUGAGAAUGCACUUUUUGGUGCCUUUUUUACGAAAAUAAACAAAUCACAAAUUGACUAUAUAAAUAAUUUGUCAAAUUGGAGAGAUGAUGCUGAUAGUUUUAAGAGACAUAUUGAAGAAAAAGGCCAAGAGGUAUCAAAAACUUAUGAAUUAGCUCGUGGAAGUCAUUACAUUUCAGGAACGAGGAAUGAUGGCUGCGAAUACUACUAA